ACUCUUGAAGUACUUAUGACUCACUCCAUCUUCGUGAGCUAUCCUGACGAUGGAGAACCACCAAAUUAUCAGAAUAAAUCAUAUAAUCGUCCAGACCAAGACCAGUAACCUAAAAAGUCGAAUCGCAAAACAUCUAAGCUUCAGCAUGCCGAAAAAAAUCCAGCAGAACGGUGGAUCCUUCUAUUGCGGAGUCACCAUGCUGGGAGUUCUGUGCCUAUUCUUCUUUCGCCUCAUCCCGGGCCUCGGUUUCGGGACAUACGUGAUGGCCGAGCCGCCGCCAAAGGAAGGCACUCAUGUCCCCUGCAAGUUCCACGACACCGUCAACCUAACGGGCUACACACGCUUCCCGAACGGCAGCUACGAGUACGAGGGCCUCAUCAUCCCGGAGCACCUCGUGGGCAACUACGACUAUGUGUUCAGGUCUCUGGCGGACCGGGUGGAGGUCCCGAACCACGUUAGGGGGUGCGUCUGCAAGCUGAAACCCUGCCUGAAUAUCUGCUGUCCUUGGGGUCAGAUAUACAACUCGUUGAAAGGCGAGUGCUUGAACGACACCAUGGACCACCGGGAAUGGCCCAAGCCGGUGCUCAACGUGACCUUCGCCCACAACAUCACUAUGGAGGUGAACAUCUCCCAGCAGUUUGCCGUCCAGAGCUUCCGGCCGUGCGCCAAGAUGUUCUCCCUGCAGCCGGAAAUAAACGACUUCGAUGGGUACUUGAUCUUCCAGAACGGAUCCAUGUUUCGCGUGGACGAUGGUGUCUUCAUCGAGAAGAACCAGUACUGCCUGGUGCCCACGUUCGUAAACGAAACGGAUCUGAUGUACAGUCUCAAUCCAGCCAACUGUGACAUGGCGGACGAGCCCAGCACGGUCAAGAUCAUUAACUCCUAUGCUAUGCUGUUUUCCAUACCCUUCAUGAUGCUGACCAUCGCCGUAUACCUGCUGAUCCCGGAGCUGCGAAAUCAGCAUGGCAAGAGCCUCGUCUGCUACCUGGUCGGACUCUCGGUGGGCUACACGUCCCUGUGCGUGGUCCAGCUGAAGAAGAGCAUCAACCCUGAUGGCCUCACUUGCAAGUCCUUUGGUUACACGGCCUACUUCUUCUUCAUGUCCGCCUACCUCUGGCUGAACGUGAUCAGCUUCGAUCUGUGGCACAAUUUCCGCGGGACUCGUGGCAUCAAUCGCUUCCAGGAGAAGAAGCGCUUCCUUUUCUAUUCCCUGUACUCCUGGGGCCUGGCACUGGUGUUCCUCAUCUUCACCUGGGUUGCCCAGGAGCACACUAACUGGCCGUCGAACUUGAAGCCGGGAAUUGGAGACGGAGUCUACUGCUGGCUGGACAUGACCAACUGGUCGGCGAUGAUCUACUUCUACGGUCCCAUCAUGGUGAUCGUGGUGGCCAACACGGUUAUGUUCAUUAUGACGGCCAUCAAGAUCCAUGGCGUGCAGCGGGAAAUGGCGAAGAUCAUAGCUGGGGAGAACAGCACCAAGAACCUGCGCACCGAGAAGGACAAGUUCGGACUCUUCCUUCGCCUCUUCCUGAUCAUGGGCGUCACCUGGGCAUCGGAGCUCGUCUCCUUCUUCGUUGGCAACGACAAGAACUUGUCCAGGCUCUUCUACAUCUCGGAUCUGUGCAAUGCCAUGCAGGGCUUCCUGAUAUUCAUGCUGUUCGUCAUGAAGAAGAAGGUCAAGCACUUGAUCACAAACAGGUGCUCGAGUGGAAGCGAGGGAAGCCAGCGGCAGAGCCAGUACUCCACCAAGACGACGUCGAGCAGCGUGGCCAACCUGUCGUUGCACGAGAAGCCGUCGGUGGAGAAGCCGUUGAUGAUGAGUGGCGGUGGUGGGGAUCCUCAGCGCACCACCAGCUUCCGCUGAGCAUCAGCAUCAGAACUUGUUCCCGCCUCGGGCCGAGUAUCGAAUAACCCCAUUUUGUCAGGACUAAGGAGGGAGAUCUCUUGGGCCAAUUGAUUAGCUUAGAUAACAUAAUGCCUGUCAUCCCAACUCUAGAAGCACCAACACACGAUCCACCCUCACCCUCGGGAUGUACUAUUGGAAAAGACACUACUUAAGAAGGAAGCCACCAUCCCCUACCCAACUACCCAACCACCCAACCAUCCUCUUCCACAUAAUUUCUUUGUUAUGUUCUGUUACCCGUGAACAACCUGAUUAGUUAUAUAAGCACGCUUUCCAGCGCCAUACCUAGUAUUUAUGAAGCUAGAAUUAUUUGAGAAAUGCAUAGUUGCUGAACUACAUGCCUGUAUACAAGAUCUAUGUGCCUUCAAAUCGAGAAUUGUAAUAUCUUUCAACUCAUUCAUAUCACAUACAAUUACGAUAUCUACAUGGUUAUAAUAUAAUAAAAGAAACUAAAGUUAUACUUCUAUGUCAAGCUUAAUAAAGCCAAAGAUGAAAUCGAAUCGUA